GCCCAAGGCCUUGCCAAGGAGGGCAGAGGGGCCCUGCUGACAGCCAGGUGUGCUGACGGGAGGGGGCUUGCCUAGACUCAGGAUGUCCAAAGCAAGGACAGGGGGUGCCAGUGAGGACAGCCUCCCUGAAAGGGUGGAAGGGCUGAUUCCUCAAGCAGACGUGAUGAGCAACCGCAGUGGUGCAGACCAGGAGGCCUCCAGCAGGAAUUCUGUGGUCAUCCGCCAGGCUGUUGGAAGGAGUAUCUUCACUGCCAGCAUCUCUUCAGCAGCAGAGAGGGUCAGCCUUAUGCUGAAACAGGAGGAGGAGAGUGAAGAAGCUCACUGUCCAGUGCUAUUUAUACAGCUGUCCGAACUCUUCAGCACCCCUGAUGGGUUGGAGUGGAGGCAAACUGCCAGGUGGAUAAAAUUCGAAGAGAAAGUGGAAGACGGAGGAGAACGCUGGAGCAAACCACAUGUGACAACUCUGUCCCUACACAGUGUGUUUGAGCUAAGGACGUGUAUAAGGAAAGGAGCCAUCCUGCUAGACUUGGAAGCUCAUAGUUUUAAGCAAAUUGUUGAGAAGGUGAUUGAGACCCACACAGAGAACCACGCCCUCAGGCCAGAACUCUUGAAGAAACUCAUCUACAUCUUGCUCCUCAGACCACAGCACCAUGCAACCAAAUCUCAGCUGGAGUUGCUGGUUGAGAUGGGCACGGCCUCCUGCUCUGACAAAGCUAAAAGCCACUCUGAUCCAAAGGAAGAGGUCUCAGAAGUACCCCUAAAGGAACAGCUGAAAAAUCACUUUAAGAAGAAGAUUCCAGCAGGGGCCGAAGUGGCCAACAUUCUUGUGGGAGAAGCCAACUUUCUGGAAAAACCUUUCAUUGCUUUUGUGCGUCUGCAAGACUCAGUGCUUCUUGGGAGCUUGACAGAAGUUGCUUUCCCUAGCAGAUUCCUCUUUAUCCUGUUGGGUCCCAGAGCCAAAGUGAAGGCCUACCAUGAAAUUGGCAGAGCUGUAGCCACUCUCCUGACAGAUGAGCUUUUCCAGAGAGUUGCCCGGAAAGCGAAAGGCACAGAAGAUCUCAUUGCAGGAAUUGAUGAGUUCCUGGAUGAGCUGACCGUCCUGCCCCCAGGCAAAUGGGACCCAACCACCCGAAUUGCUCCCCCCAAGUUCUUGCCCUCGCCACAGAAGAGGAUCUCCAUGCACUUUCGUGAAUGGAGUCCUCACUCUAACGGGAACAUACCUGCCAUGGAUGACCGGCACACCCAUGCCCACGGACACCAGCACGUCAGUGAGGAACUGAAGAGGACAGGAAGACUGUUUGGGGGGCUAUUGAAGGAUAUCCAAAGGAAAGCCCCUUGGUACGGCAGUGAUUUCUAUGAUGCCCUCAACAUCCAGUGCUUUUCAACAAUCCUCUACAUCUACUUGGCCACGGUUACCAACGCAAUCACCUUUGGAGGGAUGCUGGGAGAUGCUACAGAGAACAUGCAGGGUGUCUUGGAGAGUUUCCUGGGGACUGCUUUUGCUGGAGCAUUUUUCUGCCUGUUUGCUGGCCAGCCUCUCACCAUCCUGAGCAGCACUGGGCCUGUCCUUGUCUUUGAGCGACUUCUUUUCUCCUUCAGCAAAGACUACAGUUUGGAUUAUUUAGAAUUCCGCCUCUGGAUCGGCCUCUGGGUGGCCUUCUUUGGCCUUAUACUGGUGGCUACCGAAGCCAGUUACUUAGUGCAAUAUUUCACACGCUUCACCGAGGAAGGCUUCUGUGCCCUCAUCAGCUUCAUUUUCAUCUAUGAUGCGGUUAAGAAGAUGCUGUCCCUGGUGGAUCACUACCCGGUCAAUUGGGACUACAAGAUCAGUGACAUCACCUUGUACAGCUGCACCUGCGGUAUGCCAGAGAGAGGCAAUUCCUCUCUUCUGAACCAGACACUGUUUCCUAACUUAAGCAGUUUUGGAGAGCCCUUGGAUCUGGAGCCUGGGAACUGGUCCCUGCUGACCAAGAAGCAAUGUGUGCAACUCGGAGGCCGCCUGGUGGGCAACAGCUGCAGUUACGUGCCUGACAUCACUUUCAUGUCUUCCAUUCUGUUUCUGGGGACGUUUCUCUGCUCUAUGGCCCUGAAGAACUUUAAAUCAAGCCGCUAUUUCCCCACAGUUCUGAGGAGGCUAGUGGGCGAUUUCUCCAUUAUCCUGACUAUUCUCAUCUUCUGUGGAAUUGAUGCUACCCUUGGAUUAGAGACCCCCAAGCUCAUCGUGCCCAGAGAGUUCAAGCCUACAAAUCCUACACGAGGCUGGCUUGUGGUUCCGUUUGGAGCAAAUCCCUGGUGGGUGUGCUUGGCAUCAGCCGUGCCCGCCGUUCUGGUCAUCAUCCUCAUCUUCAUGGACCAGCAAAUAACAGCUGUCAUUCUCAACCGCAAGGAAUAUAAGCUGCGGAAAGGAGCAGGAUUUCACCUGGACUUCUUCUGCGUUUCCCUUCUGAUGAUUCUUACUUCUAUCAUGGGCUUGCCCUGGUAUGUGUCAGCCACAGUCAUCUCUCUGGCUCAUUUGGACAGCCUUAAGAAGGAGAGCACCACUUGUGCUCCGGGGGAGCAGCCAGAGUUCCUUGGAAUCAGGGAGCAGAGGGUCACAGGACUGAUGGUCUUCAUCCUCACAGGGCUGUCCGUGUUCUUGGCACCAGUGCUCAAGUUCAUCCCGAUGCCUGUGCUGUAUGGCAUUUUCCUCUACAUGGGUGUGGCUGCACUUAGCAGUAUUCAGUUGACAGACAGACUCCAGCUCCUGCUGAUGCCUGCCAAACACCAGCCUGACUUCAUUUACCUCCGUCAUGUUCCACUACGCAAAGUACAUCUCUUCACCUUCAUUCAAAUACUCUGCCUAGCUGUUUUGUGGAUUAUUAAGUCAACUGCAGCUGCCAUUAUCUUCCCAUUAAUGCUGCUGGCUUUAGUGGGUAUAAGGAAGGCAAUGGAAUACAUCUUCCACCUAUAUCACCUGGGCUGGUUGGAUGACAUUAUGCCAGAAAAGGACAGAAAAGAGGAGGAAGAAAAGCUGAAGAGGACGCACAAUCAGGAUGAGAGUGAUGAUGAAGAUUCUGAACUUAUGUACCAAGAAAAAGGACCAGAAAUUAACAUCUCUGUAAAUUAGAAGGACUGACACUCUUCAGAGGCCAAGGCAAAAGAAGACAUACAAAAUCCCAAGCUGUUUCCUGUGAGUUGUCUCACAGGAAGGAGACAGCCUGCAUUUAGAAGAAGGCCCUCUCGUCCACUACAGAAUAUGGCUGACACAUGAUGGGUCUCACAUGAAAAUGAAAAGUAGAGUAAAAUGUUCCAGGGAAUUUAAGCAUCAGGGGAAAUUGCACGGACAGGCUCCCUCCCUCUCUCUUUCUCUCUCAUAUGUGUAUUUUGCUCUGCUGCAGAAGCCCAUGUUGGCCAUGCUCUCUUAAUUCCAGUAUGCCGCAGUGCAUUCUGGAUAGUCACAAUUACUGGUGUAUUUAUUUAUGAAAUGACUGACAUUCCUCUGUCACCUUGUUUGCUUUAAAAGACUCUCCAGAGUGAUGCUAAAUAAAAUAUACCAUAAAUGUU